AUGUCGGAACACUACUACUACGUCGAGCGCAACAAGAACGUGCACGUGCCGGUGCCGGUGCCUCAGCCAGACCGCGUGAUCUACCACAAGGUCUAUGAUGAGCACAUGCACUUCGAAUGCUACGGCGACGAUGGCCAUCCGGACCACGCCUCCUGGAGCUCCACGCACCGGGACUGGUGCUGCUGGAAGAUCGGCAUCGCUUGCCCCACGCAGGUCCUCAACCAGGACAAGUACGUGCACGUGACCCACACCCGGCACGUGCCAAUCCCCGUGACCGUCCCGGUGCCGGUGCCUGGCGAGACCCCGAAGCCGAUCUACAUGAAGGUGCCGGUGCCCAGCGAGCCGCUGCCGCCGCGCCACGUGAAGGUGCCGCUGCCCGUCCCGGGCGAGGCCCCUGCCCCGGUGAUCCACUACAAGUACAAGCCGGUGCCGCGGCCGCUCAAGGUGCCGCAUGUGGUCUAUGACACCGUGAAGGUGCCUUCCCCCUACACGGUGAAGAAGUACGAGCCGCACUACGUGCACGAGGAGCCGGAGAUCAUCCACAAGACCCGCCAGCACUACGUGACGGACAAAGACUACGACUGCACCGAGGGAUUCCACGAUUACGAGAACCUGUGGAACAGUGACAAGCGCAGGUUCUGCUGCUGGAAGGCGAACCGUGGCUGCCCCCACACGCACUAUGUGACCCACACCCAGGUGAAGACUAGGACGAAGUAUGUGGACGUGCCGGUGCCAUCGCCUCCCAAGAUCAUCGUUCACCACCACUAUACGCACACCCACGACGUGCAGACCACCUUCAACUGCCACGAGGGCUUCUCGAACUGGUACCACGGCUGGUCCCCGCUGAAGAAAAGCUACUGCUGCGCCCACGAGAACCGCGGCUGCCCCGGCGACGCCCGCCCCAGCAUCGAGGGUACUGGCAGUCCAGGGGUAGAGGAUGGCACUGGCUCGCCCUUUCGAUCGCGUGGCCGUGACUCCGCCGCAGCCACGUCAUGUCGAGGCCACAUGAAGCACAUGGCAAGCGAAGCUCAGACCCCGGGGCUCCCCCUGAGAACUCAGAACUCUCGGGCGGUGUCCAUGGAGCUGGGCGCCAGCGUGGCCAGCCAUGAGGCCGCGGGCCUGCGGCGGCCCACCAUGGCCUCCGCGGGGUCGCUGCCCAUCGAGGAGCGGCUGGUGGCGCCCACGGGCGCCGUGGGCGAGAUCGAGGCCUUGCGCCUGGAGGCGGACUUCCUGCAGUACCGAUACCACCAGCUCGGCCAGCACCACCCCCAGCUCCGCGCUCCCCGCGCGCCUGGCGCGCACGGCGCGCACGGCGGGAGCCUGGGGGUGGCCUUCUCAGGGGGCGGGGUGCGGGCAGCGGCCUUCCACUGCGGACUGCUGUGGGCGCUCAGCAGCCAGGGCCUGCUGAAGGACGUGCAGCACCUCGCCUCCGUGUCCGGGGGCGCAUACACCGCGGCCUCCUUUGCCACCCACGUGGUGAAGGCGGCGCAGACUGUGCCCCAGGCCCAGGAACUGGACACCUGGUACAAGGAUGUGGCGGCCAGGACGAUUCUGCGAAUGCAGCGGAACAUGAACUAUUUGGUCCGCCUUGGCGAAGGUGCCAGCGAUCAAGACCCCGAGGCAGUCGGGCGAGGCUGUUGCCCGCGCUUUCUGGAUAUCCCUUUGUUCAUUCUUACCAUCGCCAGCUCGAUCAUCCUUUCGCCUACUCUGAUCCUGGUGAACACUGUGUGGCCUUUGGUGCUGUGCAUUGAGCACGAGCUGGCCGCCACGCUGCGCUCGGCGUGGUGCGACCCACAUCACACGGCCUUCAACGGCGCGCUGUUUUUCUGGACGAAGCGUCGGGUAAUCUUCGGGUGCGGCGUGCUGGGCGCCGGGGUGGUGCUGGCGCUGCUGGCGCGGCUGGGCUGCUGCCGGCCCAGGGAGGGGCACUACCGGAAGCACCUCUUCAGGAGGUCUUUGCAGCAGAUCUUUGUGCGGGGCGCCAUUUGCUACUCCGUGUACUUGGUGGUGCCCUGGGUUCUGCUGCAAAUGCAGAACAUCACCUGGGGCACAGGCGUGGUGAUCCCAGAUGUGACCCACGGGACGGGAAGGGAGCUGACGCUCUACCACUGCUGGAGCUACAUCAAUCGGACCUUGGUGGACCCCCCCUGCGUGGACUACGACAAGGGUGGGGGCUCGACCUGGUACCAGGAUGGCCACAACUACCUCUACCUGAACAACACCUGGGUGUCCGCGCAGCACCUGGCGCCGCCGAGUGGGGCAGAUCCCUCGGGCGCCACGGGGUACACCACCCCCAUGUUCCUGCUCAUCAACGUCAUCGUGCUGGCUGCCGGCCUGGUGGGCCUGCUCUUUGGGCUCUCGCUGCUGAGGUGGUACCUCACGGUGGCGGGCCCCAUUUUCUCCGCCUUCCUAGUUGCGCAGGUGGCCCAGUGGCAGAUCUUCGGGCCGCUGACGGCGCAGCCGCUGGUGGCCCCAGGGGUGCUGACCUUCUCAGAGAGCAACAGCUCCUGGGCCUUUCACCUUUGCAUCCUGGGGGCGGUGCUGACGCUGCCGGUCUACGACCUGCUCAUCAAGCUCAUGCACUCCUACUACCGGAGGUCCCUGCAGCUAGCCUACUUUUGUGAGGGCCAGGACAUUGACUUCUCGGCGACGGUGGAGUGCACUUACUGCCCACACCUGCUGCUGGGGGCGUGCGUGAACGACUACAGGAGGCCCGAGGAGGAGAAGCUUCUCUGCGACUUCACCAUCAGCCCUCUCUUCAUGGGCUGCCCCCGCACGGGGUUCUUCUGCACAGAUAGCCACAUGCGCCUGGGCUACGCCAUCUCGGUGUCCGCCGCGGCGCCGGACACCUUCAUGCUCACCAAGUUCGACGUGCUGCCCAUCCGCUUCCUCCUCUCCGUGCUGUCUCUGCGCCUGGGGGACUUUGUGCGGCUGGAGCCGGACGGCAAGGUGGCCAUGCAGGUGGGCAGCGCGGUGCGGCGCUUCGAACAGGUGGCCGUGAACACAGGGGCGCUGGAGGACCACGCGGUGCAGCACGGGCAGACGGCCCAGCACUUAGCGCAGCUGGUGUUGGACCGCGCGGUGGUGGCGCUGCCCUUCAUCGGCUGCCACCUGCUGCUGGUCCUCGGUAAGCACUUGGGCGGCCUGGGCGCCUGCGCAGCCUAUGAUGUCAUCCUCCAGGUGGGCCUGGCGGGGUUUGUGGUGAUGCUGCUAAUGAGCUUCUUCGCCUUUGCGUCGAACUUGCGGUGGCUCAUGCGCAGCCCUCUGAUCCUCCAGUUCCAGAUGAUGUUCAUGCACCGUCACCAGGCAGUGCGGCCCCCUCCAUAUGUGUACCUCUCCGACGGGGGGCUGAUUGAGUGCCUGGGGGUGCUGCUGCUGCUGCGCCGACGCAUGCCGCUGAUCAUUUGCUCUGACGCCUGUGAGGACAAGGAUGUGACUCUCCGGGCGCUUCUGGAUACCAUACACUUGGCUCGAGAGGAGAGGCUGUGCUCCUUCUACGACGUGACCGACCCCCGGCGGGACGUGCAGCUGGCCAUGUCUGAGGUGCGGGACAGCCAGCGGCCCUACCUGCGGCUGGGCAUCCGCUACGAGGCGACGGCCGGCCACGCGGCUUGCGACGGAGAGCUGCUGUACAUCCGCAUGCGCCUAGCGCCCGGGGAUGCGGCGGCAGAGCGGCCCUUGUUGACCAAGGAGGAGCUGAUGCAGGAGCCGCCGCGCCCGGCCGGCAGCACCUUCGACAGGGCGGCCUCGACGGCGCCAAACGCCACGCCGAGCGCUGCGAGCGCUGCGCGCGCCGCGAGCGCGCCGCGGAGGCAGAUGGACGGUCUCUGCUGCGAGGGCCGGCUGCGGCGCUGGUUCAGCCGCUGCCCCGGCCGGCGCUUCCCGGACUUCGGCACCGGCAACCAGUUCCUCCAGCCCCGGCACUUCGCCAACCUCUGCGCCCUGGGCGCGGAGAUGUCGCUGCCGGCGGUGCAGUACGCUGCCGCGCGGCUCGGAGAGAUCCACGGCGGCGGCGGCAGCUUCCACAUCCACGGGGAAGGCCAUGCGCAGGGCAGAAUCUACGACUGCAACGCGGGCUUCUCAAACUGGCUGCAAGGCUGGUCCGACUCCAAGAAGUCUUGGUGCUGCGACCACCAGUCCCGGGGUUGCGUGGAUUUCAAGUGCUUCGAGGGGGAGGUCGCGAGCUGGGCCCAGGACAAGUCAUCAUGGUGCUGUGCCAACUUCCAGAAAGGUUGCCCGCUCACGACCUUGUCGCCGCUGGGUUGCGAUGCCGCGUGCACCAUCCACGGGGAGUCGGCCAAGUGCAUUGACCGCAUCCAGUGGGUGACGCACAACGUCUUCUCGGGCAAGUCUAACGCCUGCGCGCUCGCCUACAGCAAGGUGCAGGUGGACUGCGACAUCUGCCGCGCCUGCUCCAUCCAGGCGGCGGGCUGCGAGAUGGGCCACGUGGCCACCUCCAAGGCCUUCGACUGCGAGGCGGCCUUGAACAACUUCUUCAGGGCAUGGUCGCCACCGAAGAAGCAGUGGUGCUGCACCAUGGAGGGCAAGGGCUGCGAGGGCACCUCCCCCCCGGCGGUGGACCCGGGCUUCGGCAUGAAGUGGUCCCACGUGAAGGUGAACGGCUACUGGACCUGGAUGGCGGUGUCGGUGCACGGCGGUGCCACCCCCUCCCAGCUGCCCUACGACUGUCACGCCGGCCUCGCCAACUGGCAGUUGGGCUGGUCCGGUGAGAAGAAGGGCUGGUGCUGCAAGAAUCAGCACAUGGGCUGCGGUGGCGGCGGUGCCGCCGCUGGCGCCGGUGGUGCUGGUGGUGCCGGUGGUGCCGGCGGCGGCGGCUGGUCCCACAGCCACAGCUGGAGCUCCAGCUGGAGCUCGAGCAGCAGCCCGGUGGGCCACCCCCCGGCGGCGGCCGCUGCGGGCAUGAUGUGGCAUUGGGCCAACCAGAACGGCCACUGGCACUGGGCGCAAGUCCACAUGUCCGGCAACGCCCCCUUCGACUGCCAUGCAGGCCUGUCCAACUGGCAGGCAGGCUGGUCCGGACCGAAGAAGACCUGGUGCUGCGACCACUUGGGGCUCGGCUGCCAGCAUAAGUCCGAGAUGUGGGGCGCCAAAGUUUCCGGCACCGUGCACCUCCAGAAGUCUCAAGCUUUCUUCGGGGCCGUGUUCAAAGACACUCGGCACCUGCCAAGCGCACUGGCGUUGCACAUUCGCAAGCAGAGCCAGCACGCAGAGACUGCGAUGGCAUCGAUGGGCAGCUUUGGCAGGCUGCGCAUCCGUCGCGCUCCGGCAGGCCUUCGCGGUGGUGCCUAG